GAAUCGUUCCCGGCGGGUUUUCAAGCCCGAGGUGAUGGAUUUGGCCCCGCCGGGAUGUGGGAGUUGGGCUGCAGGUGAGGUCUCUGUCUGGGUGAAUUAUUCACCUCCAGAGGCGGCCGAGGAGGCGGCAGAACAAGUCCGAGCUCGUGUGGGUGUUCCUGGGCGAGCAAUACCGGGGAAAAAGGCUCCCACACCGACUGUGGGGUGAUCCAAACCGGCUGUGCCGCUCCGGCCGCGGCGCAUGGCAUCGGGGGGGUGACUCAGCUGCCACCUGGGCUUGUCCCCAGCUCACCCUGCAGGAAAUGAGUCAGGUUUGAAGGAAGGAAAAAUGGUAAAAGGAUGGGGCAAGAGSCCGUGCCGCGGCGGGAGGAGGGAGGCGUCGGUCGCGGGAGGAUGGAGGGUCGGUGCUCAGAGAUGGACACCUUCAGCACCAAAAACUUGGCCCUGCAGGCCCAGAAGAAGCUCCUGAGCAAGAUGGCCACCAAAACCAUCGCCAACGUCUUCAUCGACGACACCAGCAGCGAGAUCCUGGACGAGCUGUACCGGGCCACCAAGGAGUACACCCACAACCGCAAGGAAGCCCAGAAGAUCAUCAAGAACCUCAUCAAGAUCGUGAUGAAGCUGGGCGUUCUCUACCGCAACGGGCAGUUCAGCCCCGAGGAGCUGCUGGUGAUGGAGCGUUUCCGCAAGAAGGUUCACACUCUGGCCAUGACAGCCGUCAGCUUCCACCAGAUAGACUUCACCUUCGACCGUAGGGUCAUGUCUGGCGUGCUGACGGAGUGUCGGGACCUGCUGCACCAGGCGGUCAACGGGCACCUGACGGCCAAGUCGCACUCGCGCAUCAACCACGUCUUCAACCACUUUGCGGACUACGAGUUCCUGUCGGCGCUCUACGGCCCGGCCGAGCCCUACCGCACCCACCUCAAGAGGAUCUGCGAGGGGGUCAAUAAAAUGCUGGAGGAGGAGAGUAUUUGAGGGUGGCCAGGGUGGGGUUUGGGUGGCCGGACUGUGCCUCCUGCCACGCUCAAAGGAUGGCGUUGGCAUCG